AUGACCAAUGUAUAUACUUUGAAAGAUAUCAAUAAUAAAAGUGAUUGUUCCUUUAGGGGGGUCGGUCAACGACUUGGUGGUGCAAAUGAGCAAGAGAUUAAAGAAAAAUUAUAUUCCGCUCUUAUAUCUAAAGCUGAAAUUAAUGAUCUCAGCGAAAAGCUGGUAGAUAAGUACAAUGAGCGAGAAAAGGAGUUUGAAAAUAAAGCUAGCCAGUUAAUUGCAUCCACUACUAAAGUUAGAUCCCAACUUAUUUCUGAACGAAAGUCUCAUACUGAGAGUCAACGUGAGUUUGAAGCCAAAUAUACUGCCGAAAUCCAAUCGCUCAAAUCUAAGAUUAAAACACUGAAAAGAGAGGGGACUUUAACCCGGAAAGCUUCGUCCGCCGACAAGACCAAGAUUCUUUCUCUUGAAACUAAAGUACGUGAAUUGGAAGGUGCUCCAUGA